CGUGUGUUUCCGUGAGAGACUGUAGUGCAAAGACACGUUGUUCUUCUCUCGCCCGCGAGUGUUAAAAUAGUUUAAAAUAAAACUGGAAAUUUAAUUAUACACAUCGGUUCUUCGACAAUUUAUAAGCAGGAUGCCGCCGAAAAAAGUCGAAGAGCCGGAGAAGAAGCCGCUGAUUGGGCGCGUAGGAACAAACCUUAAAGUUGGUAUCGUCGGCCUCCCCAACGUCGGAAAAUCAACCUUCUUCAAUGUCCUAACCAAGAGUCAGGCUGCCGCUGAGAAUUUCCCUUUCUGCACGAUCGACCCAAAUGAGAAUAAGGUACCAGUUCCGGAUGCGCGUUUCGACUACCUUUGCGAGUACUUCAAACCAGCAAGCAAAGUGCCAGCUUUCCUCAACGUCGUCGACAUCGCUGGUCUAGUCAAGGGUGCCGCCGAGGGACAAGGUCUAGGAAACGCUUUCUUGUCGCAUAUCAGUGCUUGCGAUGCCAUCUUCCAUCUUUGUCGAGCUUUUGAAGAUGACGACGUGACGCACGUAGAGGGCGACGUCAAUCCUGUAAGGGAUUUUGAAAUCAUCAGCGACGAGUUGAGACUGAAAGACAUCGAAUUCCUUAAUGGCCAUUUAGAAAAGCUAGAAAAAUUGGUCGUCAGAGGGAACGACAAGAAGCUGAAGCCUGAAUACGAUUGUCUCUUGAAAGUGAAGUCAGUCUUGACAGAAGAAAAGAAACACAUUAGGUUCUGUGAUUGGAGUUUGGCCGAAAUCGAGAUACUUAAUAAAUAUCUAUUUCUCACGUCCAAGCCAAUGAUCUACCUGGUGAACCUUUCGGAGAAGGACUACAUUCGUAAGAAAAACAAAUGGUUAAUCAAGAUCAAAGAAUGGGUCGACAAAAAUGAUCCAGGCGCAAUAUUGAUUCCCUUCAGCGGCGUCUUCGAAAACAAACACUUCGACAUGGACGACGCGGAGAAGGCCAAAUACGUGGAGGAAAACAAGGUUUCGAGCGCUCUCGAUAAAAUUAUCGUCCAAGGGUACAAGGCUCUGCAGCUAAUGUAUUUCUUCACUGCUGGUCAUGAUGAAGUCAAAGCCUGGACGAUUCAGAAAGGAACAAAGGCACCACAAGCUGCUGGUAAAAUUCAUACAGAUUUUGAAAAAGGUUUCAUUAUGGCUGAAGUCAUGAAAUUCGAAGAUUUCAAAAAUGAAGGUUCAGAAAGUGCUGUAAAGGCUGCAGGAAAAUACCGACAGCAAGGGCGAAAUUAUGUGGUCGAAGACGGAGACAUAAUUUUCUUCAAAUUUAACGCUGGUGCUGGUUUGAAAGAUCCUAAGAAAAAGUGAUAAAUGUUGAUCAUCUCAACGUUCACA